AUGCCACUCCACAUCGGCAUCACCUCUCUCGCCCCUCCCAACGCCGACAUCCAAGCUGCUAUCUUUGGCCACCUCAGCGCUAUCACCCACAAGCCUACCCUCUUCGCCCUCAUCCUCCUCUCUCGCCACUAUUACUCCGAAUUCCUCCCCAAGCUCUAUCAUGAUGUCAUUCUCGACGCGACUAAUGUUGAGCUAUUCUUGUGGCCAGUCUUGUCCGGGGACGACCAGUCUGGGAUAGCAGAGCUUCUAAGCUGCGAUCUCAGCGUGAUCAAGAGGGGUCGCGGUGUCCGGGCGGGGUCAUCAAUACACGACUUGUACCAGCCCGUCUUUCAUUUCUUCUUGUCCUAUAUCGAGACGACUAUUCCACCUGAAGUCACUCAUCCAUACCAUGACUCUGGCCGAUACCCCUGCCCUACUCGGCUGGCAAGAGGCUACGGCAGUCUAUAA